UCGAAGGAAAUUACAAUUUGUUUCGAGCAACUAGAUUGCUAGGGAAUAUCGAGACAAUCUCGCGAUUAAUAACGACGUCACCUCAGAUUUUGUAACGCUCGGUUCGUUACGUUGUCGUUGUCUCGGAUGCAGAGGGUAGCAUCCCUCCGGGUCGUUAUUCCAUUGCACGCGUUGAAGGGCUCGGAACUAGAAGCAAUAGGAGCGCGGCGAGGAAGAAGAGGAGAAAGAAGAGGAGCAGGUGGAGGAGGAGGAGGAGGAGGAAGAGGAGGAGGAGCAGGAGAAGGAGGAAGAGAAGAAGAAGGAUGAGGCGGAGUCUUAUCUAGUUGGUACUGUUUCACGUUGCACGUUUCUCGAAGAGAAGAAACGAUAAUGCACGAUCUCGUUAUCGAACGUUACAUGCCUGUUGUCGACCAAAGCAUUUAUCCGUGUGGUUGGUGCUAAUUCGAUCGGUCGUUUGAUCGAAACGGCAUGUCGUUGGUGCGAUCGUGGUUCACCGAUUUUCUAUACUCGACGUUUCAUUCUCUUGGAUUUGUAAACAAAUCAACGAAUACAACUUGCCAAAGUAGGGAAGACAGAGACCUGGUUGCUGGUUGAUCCAAAGUUAUGUUCUAUAGCGCGGAGAGACGAAGCAAUCCGUUCGUAAGAGACAAUCUCCUCGGACGUUGAUUAGAAAAGAUUCGGUUAACCGCGUAACGAUCGUUGUAAAGCGAACGAUAGAAAACGUAUGGGAAGUAGCGGAGCCAAGAGGCAAGAGGCAAGAGGCAAGAGGCAAGAGGCAAGAGGCACGGAUUCGUGACACACGGCGACACGUGGUUAUCGUGUACCGUUUGCAACGUUCCUACGUAGAGCGUGUAGAGCGAGCUAGCCGGAACAACGACAGAGGGGCGAGGACAGAAGGAGUGGAGCGUUCCGGUUAGCCAAACUCGAGUCAGCUUGCCGAUGGAUAUGGCAGCUGUCGUUCCCCUGGUUCUUUUUCCACGAUUCCAUCUCGCUCGACAAGCCUAUCGUCGGCAUCGUGCUACCCGCGAAUCGAGCGAACAGGUAUCGUCGCGAGGUGUUGUCCAGGCUGGGAUACGCGAUUCCUCGUGAUAGCAGGUACGCGGCUUGCGAAUCGCGGCAAUCCACGGUGCGUCGUCGAUCGAUCGACGGACACCAGACGAGCGUUGCUCGCGCGCAUUCUUAGUGACGGUCAAAGUGUUUGCCGACAGUGUGCGUGAUAUCGUGAGUUUCGGUGAAUCGAUCGUCGCGAGCAAGUAGGCCAGAGAAGAAGAGAAAGGGGGAGAAUACCGUCGAUCGAAAGAAGAAAGCUUCGAACUGCGAACAGAGGAUCGAGAAUCGCGCGUAACUCUGUAUAUCUUGAUAACUGUGCUCUAUGAUUUCGUUAAGGAUGAAGGACGUGGCCGUCGAUUCUCCGCGACCGAUUUCCAGGCUUCGCGGCAACCUUCUUCUGCUUCUGACGUUACUCGCAGAGGUCACGUAUUCGGCGGAUCUCGCGAUCGAGAUACCAGGAAACUUGAGUCAAGGCGGUUCCUGGUAUCGUUUAGACUACAGUCCUGCCGUUGGUUAUCCGCCACCGAAUACCACCAUAGCCGCUACCGACAUCGGUGAUGUGAUCAAAUUCAAGGACGGACUUCCAGGCACUAGAUACGAAUUUUGGUUAUACUAUAGUAAUAGUACGCUUCACGAUUGGCUGACAUGGACUGCGUCGAUAACUACAGCCCCGGAUCCGCCAUCGAACCUGACGGUCUCGGUGCGAAACGGAAAGACGGCGAUAGUUUAUUGGGCGCCACCAGCCCAAGGCAAUUAUUCCGGUUUUCGGUUAAGGGUGCAAAGUUUCAGCGAUACCGGAAAUCCAAAAACCAGCGUCAUUCCUGCGGACGCGGUUCCCUACGUGCUACGUGAUCUCAUUCCUGGGGCUACGUAUUCUCUGCAGCUUUUCACCGUAUUAGACACCAAAGAAAGCGUGGCGUACACCAGCAGGAAUUUCACCACUAAACCCAACACACCGGGCAAGUUUAUCGUGUGGUUCAGGAACGAGACGACUUUGCUAGUCCUCUGGCAACCGCCCUAUCCUGCUGGCAUUUACACCCAUUACAAAGUUAGUAUAGAUCCCGCCGAUGCCAUAGAAUCCGUUCUUUACGUGGAGAAAGAGGGAGAACCUCCUGGACCUGCACAGGCUGCUUUCAAAGGACUCGUGCCUGGCAGAGCUUACAAUAUCUCCGUUCAAACGGUGUCAGAGGACGAAACCUCCGCUCCCACGACUGCACAGUAUCGAACGGUGCCAUUACGUCCUCUCAACGUUACGUUCGACAAGUCUUCCAUAACGUCCACCUCCUUUCGCGUUUUCUGGAAUCGCCCCGAAGGAAACUCCGAAUUUGACAAGUAUCAGAUAUCUUUGGGAGGCAACAGAAGACUAGCGCCGGUCACCAGGAACAGAGACGACGAGAGCAAAUGGGAAUUCAAAGACUUGGAGCCGGGCAAAACUUACCAGGUGGUUGUGAAGACGGUCUCGGGCAAGGUUACCAGUUGGCCAGCUAACGGAGACGUUACUUUAAAACCGUUGCCCGUACGGGAUCUUCGCACUGUCAUCGACGAAAAAACUGGCAUGGUCGAAGUUUCUUGGCAUCCUGAAAAUUCAAGUACUCAGGAUAGCUAUAAGCUUCAGUAUCACGAAGUGGAAACUACGAUCGGCGGCGAUAGCAAUAUGUUAACAACUGAUAAGACCAAGGUUACGUUAGAAGCUUUAUUACCCGGCAGAAACUAUUCGAUAAUCGUUCAGGCGAUUAGCAACAAAAUCGAGUCAAACGAGACUGUGUUAUACCAAGUCACACGACCCUCGAGUCCCAUAAUCGAGGAUUUGAGGCCAACCGAGAUGGGAUUGAAUAUCUCGUGGAAGAGCGACGUUAAUUCGAGACAGGAGAAAUUUGAAGUAACGCACAAUAGGAACGAUACCGGGGAGAGCGCGACUACGUUAACCACGGAAUCUCAUAUAGUCCUGGAAGACCUUUAUCCUGGUGCAGCGUACGAAGUUAAAGUUUUCGCCAUUAGCCAUGGUCUGAGGAGCGAACCACACGAUUAUCUUCAAGCCGUUUUGCCCCACCCACCAAAGAAUUUAAGUAUCGAGAAGGUAACGAGCAACACGGUUGUCGUGCAUUGGGAGGCACCAACCGAUUCGUUGUAUUCCGAAUUUUCGAUACGAUAUCGAACGGAGGAUGAUCCGAGAUGGGUAAAAUUGCCCAGCGUUCGAGAAACGGAAGCGGAAGUGGCGGACAUGACCCCAGGAGAGAAAUACACGAUUCAAGUGAAUACCGUGAGUUACGGAGUCGAAAGUCUCUAUCCCCUUCAAGUGAAUCAUACAGUUCGACCCAAUCCGGUACUUAACGUCACACCGAUCAUCGAUUCAACGAACGUGACUCUAGAAUGGCCAAGACCGGAGGGUAGAAUCGAAACUUACGUGAUAAGAUGGUGGCCAGUCGAAAACCCUCAAGACAUACGUAGCAAAAACGUGACAGAGAGCAACGACGUGACUAGCGUUCUUUUCGAAGAAAAUUCAGUGCAAAGGGUGCUUGUUAGCGAUCUGAUGCCAGGUGUUCAAUAUUCCUUUGUAAUCUACACGGUCUCUUAUAAUCUAUUCAGUGAUAUCACCAAUCUAACGACUAGAACAAUGCCGCUGAUCCAAUCGGAAGUCGUUGUGGUGGUCGAUCAGGAUCAGCCCGACUCGUUAACAUUGAGAUACACACGGACCCCCGUUCAGUCAUCCAAGUUCGAUUUGUAUCGAUUUCGGAUUAGCGACGAGAACAACACUACGAAGGAGCGGAUGGUCGACGACAUCGACACCAAGGUGACGUUCACGGGCCUUAUACCUGGUAAACUAUACAACGUCACAGUUUGGACUGUCAGCGAUAACGUGGAGAGCAGACCUUUGCUUAGGCAGGAUCGACUUUAUCCCGAACCAGUCACAUCCAUUCAAGCGAUAGAGGUGAAUGAUACAAGAAUUACGUUAACCUGGGAUAUUCCGCGUGGACAGUACGACGCUUUCGAAGUUCAAUAUAUAAACACGGAGGAAAAUUAUAUUCAAAAUGUGACGAGCACCAAUUUAAUAACCAUCUCCGAUUUGAAGCCGCACAGAAAUUAUACUUUUACGUUGGUAGUACGUUCCGGUACGGCGUCCUCUUAUUUGAGAAUAUCGAAUCCUGUGAGCGCAAGUUUUACAACGAGCGAAUCUUAUCCUGGCAAGGUGGAAAAGUUUCAUCCUACGGAUAUUCAGCCUAGCGACAUUAGUUUCGAGUGGUCGUUACCUAGUCAGGAACAAAAUGGAAUCAUUAGAAAAUAUACGAUCACGUAUGGGCUGGAGGGUUCGACUCAUACUCAAAUGCAGGACUUCAGGCCAAACGAAUAUCGCGGCAUCGUUAAGUCUCUCAUACCUGGAAAAACGUACAUCUUUCGGAUUCAAGCGCAAACGAGGAUCGGCUUUGGUCCCGAAGCGGUGUGGAAGCAGAAAAUGCCGAUUCUGGCACCGCCGAAACCGUCCACCCAAGUAGUGCCAACCGAAGUUUGCAGGAGCAGUACCACGAUACAAAUACGGUUCCGAAAGAACUAUUUCAGCGAGCAGAACGGUGCGGUUACGUCUUACACGAUCAUCGUGGCUGAAGAUGACAGCAAGAACGCCUCUGGUUUGGAAAUGCCCAGCUGGAGAGACGUCCAGGCGUACAGCAUCUGGCCACCGUAUCAGGUGAUGGAACCUUACUAUCCUUUCAAAAACGGUUCCGUGGAGGAUUUCACGAUCGGUAGCGAGAAUUGCGACAACAAGAUCGGAUACUGUAACGGGCCAUUGAAGUCAGGAUCCACGUACAGAGUAAAAGUUCGAGCGUUCACCGCGCCGGACAAAUUCACGGACACCAGUUACAGUUUUCCAAUUCAAACAGGAUUGCUGCUGGCAGAUAAGGACAAUACGGCCAUCAUAGUUGGGGUCACGGUUCCGAUAGUACUCUUAUUGACCUUAUUGGGCAUUGGACUGCUGGUGAGGCGAAGAAGAAGUCAAGGACGUAAAACGACUGAAACGAGGACCACCGACAACUUGUCUUUGCCGGAUAGCGUGAUCGAUACUAGUCGGCCGAUUAAGAUAGAAGAUUUUUCGGAACAUUAUCGCACGAUGUCGGCGGAUUCUGAUUUCCGUUUUUCGGAAGAAUUCGAAGAACUGAAGCACGUCGGAAGAGAUCAACCGUGCACAGCUGCAGAUUUACCGUGCAACAGGCCAAAGAAUCGUUUCACAAAUAUUUUACCUUACGACCACAGCAGAUUUAAGCUGCAACCUGUAGACGACGAAGAGGGUUCUGAUUAUAUUAACGCCAAUUACGUUCCCGGUCACAAUUCUCCAAGAGAAUUUAUCGUCACGCAAGGACCUUUACACUCGACUCGCGACGAUUUCUGGAGAAUGGUGUGGGAAAGUAACAGCAGAGCCAUCGUGAUGUUAACAAGGUGUAUCGAAAAGGGCAGAGAAAAAUGUGAUCACUAUUGGCCUAUGGAUACCCAUCCUGUUUAUUACGGAGACAUUUGCGUCACGAUAUUAAACGAAACGCACUACCCUGAUUGGAGUAUCACGGAAUUCAUGUUGUGCAGAGGAGACGUGAAGAGGGUCAUUCAGCACUUCCAUUUCACAACGUGGCCAGACUUCGGUGUUCCAAGUCCGCCUCAAACGUUAGCCAGAUUCGUUCGGGCGUUCAGAGAGAGAGUUAGGCCGGAUCAAAGGCCUAUCGUCGUCCACUGCAGCGCAGGGGUUGGUCGCAGUGGCACGUUCAUCACGUUGGACAGAAUACUUCAACAGAUCUUGGUAUCGAAGUACGUCGAUAUCUUUGGAAUAGUCUGGGCAAUGAGAAAGGAGCGUGUUUGGAUGGUCCAAACGGAACAACAGUACAUUUGCAUACAUCAGUGUCUUCUGGCAGUGCUGGAAGGUCAAGAUAUGACAGGACCACCACGGGAGAUUCACGACAACCAAGGUUUCGAAGGCAAGAAUCGAAGCUCCGUUGAAAACACAAAGAGUUCUGCUGAGGAUGAAAAGGAAAGGUGACCCUCGAACUGCGAUUCCGGCGUCGAUGACGACGAAGGAAUAGCGGAAUCAGGAAUGUGAUGUUCGGAUACCUCGUCUCAUGCAGGAACACGAGGAUAUUUUAGAGGUAUUUUGAAGAGGUGCAGCGCACCGUACGAAGAAUAGUAUUACGAUGAUACGUACGUAACGUGUUGUCUAAAGCGUGACGAUGGUAACGAAAGCGAGGGUGUAAAAGCGAAGAAUAAUCGUCGACCGGAUGGUUUUCGUUCGGUUCGUUUCGAUCGAUGGUUGAUAGUUAUGAAAGUAAUGCGACCGCACGAAGCCAUACGGUGCUUGUAAACGUGCUCCAAAGGAGAAAUCUGAUUAAUCAGCGCUGGACGUUAAAAGAAGGACGAUGCGUGUUUCCUUCUUUAGCGACGACUCGCGACUUUGCUCGGUAAAAGCGUGGUCGAAGAUGUUUCGCGCGAAUGGCAAAUCCGUUUAUAUCGCGUAAACGGAUAAUAAUCGCCUGUUUACGUCGAACUUUCACGGUGAGAACGUUGGUCGACCGAGCGAAAGUAUCAACGAUUCGAUGUCGCUGAUGUUUCACGAACCACCGUCCAAACAUCGGAGCGAUGGAUGCGUCUUAAUCGAUCGAUGCGAAGGAAAACGCGAUCCCUAUUUUUCGCGUGGUAGACGACGAUGUGGUUUACCUUUGUCCGAUCGUACUCGACACGUUCGUUUCGCGAGCCACGUGAAAAGAGGAAUUUCGUUUCUUCGGCAAGACGUUGGAAGACGUUGAAAGCAACUAGCCGAGGAAUCGAAUUACGACGACCGAGGUCGAAAAUGGACAAGGACGCUGAAAGGGCCGCUCCAACGAACGACGAUGGAAUUCUCUGAAAUUUUUCACACGUAGAGAUCUAUUCGUAACGCGCAUAGGAGAUUCGAUCGAAAGCAGCUGUACACGUAUAGCUUUAAAAAUGGAUCGUUUUAUCGAAACAUACUAAAUCGAAAGUAGACUAAAAGAGAAUAGGAAAUGCGGCAACGACGGUGUUAUUUUUCAAGGAUUGUUUCAAAGACGGUAUGUUUCGGCAACAAGUAUUCGCAACGAGAGAACGUACGGCGAAGUAGCAUCGUAACGAAUUCUUACAGAUCGCCACGUACGUUCGAUCGUUGAUCUGUCUCACCGUGUAAAUAUAAAUCGAUGUUUUAUUUUCCACUCGAUUAGACGAUUUUGGCGUAUUCGAUCUCGAUGUCUCGCCGAGAGAACGUUUCUGCCUCGAUUUUCAUGUCGAUGCGAUCGAUGCUCGUGUUUAAAGUACCUAUCGCGAUGUAGAUAAGUCCAGGUUGCAUAUCUUAAGGAUUGUAAGAUGCGUAUCCCGCAUUGGGUUGCCACCGUUUCGAUCGAGACGUUCGGUUCGCAACAAAUCGAUUUUCCUAAGAAAAGUGACAAAUGCUGGAAAACACCGAGAAAUCCUACGUUCUUUUCGUUUAUGCGUUUUAUAGAUGGAUUCCGCUUAUUAUUCAAUUUUAUUUUUAUCUUAUUCCGCGUAUAAUUAAACAAAUUAGACGCAACUUUCUCUAAUGUAAUUAUCGCUUUUAUAGAAACACGUAGAUUCGUCAUUUAGUUCGAGUCGUAAGAUAUAAUCGAAAAAUCAAUUUUUCCAAAAUAUUUUUACGGAUUUUCAAUCUUAUUUUCAAACGAACCUUUAUUUAACAUUUAGAUAUUCUCUCAUUUUGUUUUUUCGUUUUUUUUUGUUUUUUUUUUCGUUUUCGUUUGUUUCCACUUGUAUAAAUUAUUCUCCGUUGAUCAAUAAACUUUUACUAUUAUUUAUCUACACACGCUUUACGACGAUCCGUGAAACUAUGAUAAAUACGUGGCAUCUAUCAUCGAAUCUUUUGCUCGUUUCUCCAACACUAAAACAAAAUUCUAAAGUUACGUUGUAAAUUGAAAUAUGACUUGUUGGGAACCCGACGAGAAUUGGCUCUGCGAACAACGACUGCCGAUUCAAAUCGUGAGUGGCAACUAUCCGUCCAAGGGCUGUAGUAGAGACGCAAAUUAAACCUAAAACAUUACCUAGAAUGAAAAAAAAAGGGAAGGUCGGAAACGCGAGAGAGAAGAAGGAUUUCCUUUUUUUUUUCAUGAUAGGAAAAAGACACGUCAGUGGGAACAAGAAACUCGCAUCUUCGUAGAAAUCAUAUCACUUUUCACAAGAAUCAUUCGACGAUCCGUAUAAUAUACAUAUUUACAUAUUAACAGUCGAUUCGAAACGACGAUAGCGUAGAUCGUUCGUUCUUUGACAUCGUCGUCAACGUCUCGUGCCGUUUAUUAUUAAUGUGAGACUAAUUUGUUGAAGGAAAAGAAGGAAAAGAAUGAAAAGAAUGAAAAGAAUAAAAAGAAAGAAAAGAAAAGGAAAGAAGGUAAACCAAACGACCAUCGAACUGUGAACAAGUCUCUUCUAUGCGAGAGUUUCAAGAACAAAACUUUAUACGAUUUAGACGAUUGAUAGCGCUACGAUUUAGAGAAUAUCAACAGCCAAACGUCCGAGGAAAAACGUCAAAUCUAUGACUCGUUAUUAAUUUCACUUACCAUCGAACCGAAUGGAAAUGUGUACGCAUUAGGCGUAGUGACAAGUACAUUUACUUACUUAUUUCUAAAAGGAUCGCCAAGUAUUACUAGUUUUAUACGAAAUUCAUCUGAUCAAAGACUAACCUAUUUAUCCUGUUUCUUUAUACAUAUACGUAUACCUUUCAUUACACGUCAAUUCAAAUACACGUAUUUCGUAUCUUUUUUUAACGAUUCUUACGAUAUUUUUCGAUAUUAGCGAUAGAAAAUCCUUAGUUACCAGUAACGAUCGAGUAAGUAGGAAACGUUGAACGACGACGCGUUUAAAGGUAGAGUACUUAGAGUGGGAUUCGCUCGAUGCUACAAAGUCGUGUACUUAAUUUUCUAUUUACAGGUGAGGCAAAAGGUAGGCGUGAUCGGUAAAUUUUUAGAUGUUUAAGAGCAACGGGAAAGUCGAUUACCUGCUUUCCCCGUAGUUAACGAUUUCCCCGUAAUGGCUUCCCCGUAACGAUUUCCCCGUGAUGGUUUCCCCGUAACGGGGAAAGAAAAGAACCGACAAAGGGAUUGAAAUUCACUGCCCAUAUGUAUUUUUGGAGAAACAUUUUUAUAUCGCUUAAGCACGUAUGUAGAACGAUUCGUAAAACACGCGAUCGUACUCGUAUCAGAGAGAAAAAUGUCCGAUCGACUCCAUGUUCUUUUAUCGAUCGUUCGGUGUGCCCUCGAUGUUUUACAUCUUUCGCGUGCACGCGUUUCUCUAUCUUUCGAUUUCGCGUAAAUGCCUGUGGCUUAAACGCUAUCCAAAUUCUUUAUCGCCUAAACGGAAUACAAAUUGUAAGGAAGUAGUUUAAAAUGAUAUAAUUUAAUUCAACUUGCACGAUAACUUAUCGACUGAUAAUAUCGAUGAACCGUUGUAAACAACAACGAGUAAAUGAAUUACCAUUCGAGCUGCUUUAUUAGUAAAUAUUAGGAAAUUUAACGAGUUACGCGUUGCAGAUUAUAGACUCGUUUUCUACGAUCUUACGAUUUACGUCGCAUAGAAUAAGAGCGUAAUAGCGUAAAAUUUCGUUUCUCUUUUUAUCAAAUUUGUCAUUACCGUAACGAAAGAGGCUUUUUAUCGGUUCCGAUCAUUUGUAACCUUUGACUCGUUAAAUUUCGUUAAUAGCGUCGCUUGAAUCGCGCAAGAAGCUCCUGAAUCGCAAGUCGCGUACUAUACAACGAUAUCGGUUGAUCGAUAAUUAAGAAAAUUGCCAAUUGAUUGCCAAAUGCGUUAGAGUAUUACAAAGCGACAAGACCGACGUGUACGUAUAUAGUCGAAUCUUAUUCCGAGCUUGUCUCCUUUGUAACAAACGUUUCGUCGCUUCGAAUAUCCUAAGAUGUGGUAAAUAUAACUAUACUCGCUUAUAUUUAGCAGAC